CUUUCGAACCAGGAGUGGAGGAGUGGUCAGGGGGUGAGGCCAACUCCCUCUCAGGGGAACUUCUUAGAGCCGCAAACGGUCAAAGGAAAAUUCAGUUGCGUCCCGCCGUCACAAAAUGCGUCUCCUCACUCUGAUCUUUGGGAUUGUGCUUCUUCCUGAAGCUUACACCCUGAAAUGCCUGAGGUGUCUUCCGGACGCCUCGCGAGCCUGCAUCACUACAGAAUGGACCUGCCAUUCACGAAAUGCUCUGUGUGCUACACGGAGAAUCUCUUCUUUUGCAGGUGAUGCAAAAAUGUCUGAUGUCCACCUGAAGACCUGCGUUCUGCAAGAUGAGUGCUCCGAGGGCUCAGUCAACUUUGGAAUUUCCAGGAUUGUAGUUACCAGCCACUGUUGCACCAGCAAUCUAUGCAACGCUGGGAAUGCCCCUGAGGCUGAGAGACACGACACCAAUGGUCACAAGUGCUACCACUGCGAUGGCGAAAGGUGCUCCCUAACCCUUACCUGCGCAGGGAAUGAGGACCACUGCAUCACAAAAACAGUGAAUGUCGGAGGUAAAAUCAAGAUCACGAAGGGCUGCGCCUCCAGGCAGAUGUGCUCAGCCACGGAAAAUGCACAGAUAAAAGCAGCCAUCGGUGGAGAAAUGACCUGCUGCCGGGGAGACUUCUGCAAUGGCGCCAGCAUCACAAAUGCUGGCCUUCUGCUCCUGGUGACUCCGCUGGUAUCUCUGCUCAUGUUCUCUUAACUGGUGGAGGCAGCAGCUUCAGCCCGGCGUCUUAUCUACACAUGGCCUCACAGCGCUCACACCCCUCUCCUUAUCCUUUCAAUAAAUAAGUGAGAAAGUAGAAGUAGUUAAGCAAGCAGCGUAGUUAUUAUUGCACCUUGACUCCUGCCUAAUACAUUUUCUAACCUGCUUAUUUCCUAUUUCCUAGAUAUUAUCAACUAUCUUGUGUAGAACAAGACUACCUGAAGUAAAGAAGAAGGAAACAUACAAACAUGCUAUUAAUCCCAAACUGAGGCUUAACAUUUUGUAAUUUUUUUUUAUAUAUAUCAUAAUGUUGUUUGACUUGUAAUUGGAAUAUGAGUGUCAGGAUUUUGGAGGGAAUUUUUUGGUUUUUAUUUUCACAGAAAAAAAUCUAAGCAUGAGGAUGAUUUUAUGUUUGUUUUUUGUUGGGGUGCGUUCCAAACAAUCAUGUUCCCUCGAGUAUGGAGAAAGCAAUCUCUGGCCGAGAAUCUCUGUAGCACCACAGUAAUCAGCCACUUAUUAUACUAUGUUGUGAGACAUUUUAUCAUUUAUCACCUUCAUCAAAGAGAAAAAAAGAGGAAGAAGGCAACUUCUGUAUUUUGGAUAUUGGACUCUUGGCUUUAUUCUGAUUUUCAUCAUAUUUGGAUUACUUGUUCAGCCCCAAAUUUGUAUUGGAAUGAUCAGAAAUAUAAAAUGUACAGAUGCUGAAUAAAUACAAUUUUGCUAAA